CGAAUUUCCUGUGGACUCUGAUGUGCCAUUCGCAGUGUGGUGCCACUUGUCACCGAGCUGUAGCUUGUCUCGCUUCGGCUACAGCGCUGUAGCUGGCUUCGGCCCGUGGGCAGCGACUGCAGAGUGCGGAGCCUCCGUGCCUGCCGGAGGACCUUUGGUUGGCCGAACUCGCCCAUCAUGCUCACCUCCAUGCCAAUGACUUCGCCAAUGACCUCAAUUCCCAUCGCCCUCGCUCGACCGUGUCCCACGGUCUCAUCGGUGCCGUCGGUGCCGUCGGUGCCCUGUCCGGUCUCUGUGCCCAUGACCAUCCCCAGCUUCGAGCCACUCCGGCUCCCCAUCAGCGUGGCCGCGCCGCUGCGAGCGCCAGCGCCGCCAGCGCCAGCGGCGCCAGCAGCACCGGCGCCGGGCCCUCUGGUACGGUCGCCGGUGGGGACGGCGGCGCUGAAGAACUUUGCAACGGUGCCUGUCAGCUGGGCUCCAGUGGAGUGCUCAGACCCACGCAUGCUGCGCCGCCCAGAAGCCUCUCCCCACACGGUGCAUGGGCCGUGGCCCGAUGCCUGGAACUUGAUCCCCCGCCGGGAUGCAGCGAUGAGGGCCUCACAACCGGGGAAGAGUGCUCCAGAGAAGGUGUUGAUUUGGCGUUGCCGCCACCCUCAUGGCCUCUUCUCGAUGUUCUCCUUGGCCUUGGGCCAUGCGGACACGUGCGAGAGACAGGGCCUUGGGCUCAUCGUGGACUGGUCCUCCAGCGAGCUGUUGUAUCGAGGACCUCCCGGAGAGUCCAACGUUUGGAGCGCCUUUUUCCAGCAGCCGGCAGACCUGCAGAUGACCUGCGAGGCCGUUCGUCAGGCAAUUCGCUCUGGGCGGUAUUUGGAGACGACCAAGCACCAUGCGGUCUAUGGCCGCUAUCGGGGUGUCAUCCAGGACUAUGGAGGCAUUCCCCUGGAGCAGGCGGCCCACGGCCGCGCGCUGUGCCGGCGGAAUAUCGCCUUGCAGCCCAGGUUUCAAGAGAAAUUGGAGAAGACCAUGGCAUCGAUCCUGACGCCUGGAAAGAGACUUGCAGUUCACAUUCGCCGGAGUGACAAAGUGGUUGAAGCCGCCGCGAACUUUGAGUUGUCAGAUGAGAAGCUGCUCCAGCGCAUUGUUGCCCAGUGCUCGGCGUGGCAGAUGGACGGCGUCUUUCUGUGCAGCGACGAUGCCUCCUUGAAGAAGCGCUUGACCCGUGCGUUGGACGCAGCCGGUUUACACGUCUCCACCUAUGAUGCAACGCUCCCUUCCGAAGCUUCUCAGGCGGCUCACUUUGACAAGAGCUUGGACUCGUACAAGAAAGCAGAGGAUGUGGUGAUGGAAGCUUUUCUGAUGGCCAAAGGUUGCCAUGGAUUGCUGUCAACGUACUCAAACGUCUCGGCAGCUGUAGUAUACCUCAGCUCAGAUGGCUUUCCGUACACAACUUUCUGGGAUCCUGUGGAGGCCAACGAUCAGGACACCGAGCCGCGCCCGGCGACUUUGGGUCAACAAUGA